CAGAAGCCUGCAUCAUUCACGCAAGAAACUCCGAUCUGCGUCGCAUAUCAGCAUCCUGACAUCCAAGAAACAAAAGUGCUUUUUAUUGCCAGCGGACGUUUUACGAGACGGUACCAGCUGUUUAGUAUCCUGCUGGUGUUCAUCAUGAGACGGGGAAACCAAGAAGUGAAGGUUGGAGUUCCUGCUGCGAAGGAGGAAAAUCUACGUAUGGAGCCAGAGCGAGCGCGUGCCCGUGGCGGACUCAUGUCAAGAAAAGAUCUUUUGGUUUCCCCUAGAUUUCCUGACCAAGCGAUCCCCUAUCUUCCAAGCCCAGCUGUGCGGAAUGGGCGAGCGCACAGAACAAAAUACCCUCAUCCUCGAGAACGUCUCCUCCGGAACGAUACGCGAAUUUUACCGCUGGUCGCUGAUGGAAGAUCCACAUAUUCGGCACGAUUCUAGCUUUGAGCAGGUGGAUGCACUGGCAGAGCUUGCAGAAAAAUACCAUAUUCAUGCCCUAGGGUGGCAGGCGUCGGAUCGCAUCCGCCAGCAGGUACAUUCUGGUCUUUGGCAUUUAACCGCCGAGACAGUGUCACUCAAAUACAAGCAUCUGGCUCCUGGCAGUUGGCUGUUACAGCUUUAUCGUGUUGCACUGGGCACAGUCGCCGAGUCUAUCCCAGAGAACGUUGGCUAUGACGUGGCCGAAUGGCGACGUGCGGUGUCUGAGACGCCUGCACUCGGAUUGGACUACAUUGAGGCUCAAAUACGACAGUAUGAUAGGAAAUCACUUCGCCAAGGGGGCCCAUGUCGAUUUCACGACCAUGGAAAACGAGCGCUACCCCCCAAAAGUAGGAACUCCGAGUUGUUAUGUCCCUUUAAGGAUGGAGGCUGCUUUACGGUCGAGGGCGAGCGCAAGGAGAUCAGAAAGAAGGGCGGGGCAAGGAGGACGGAGCAGUUGCAUGGAGAGGGUAAAGUGGAGGACGGUUUCAACGACUGGAGCCUUGAUGAAUAGUUCAACGAUGUUCAGACAGAUUCUUUGUGGAUGAGGGAUCUCUUUAAGAUAACGCAAUGCGUAGGUCUUGCAAGAGAAUCCAUGCAAUCAGUGUUGAACUUGACAUAUGUCAAUCACUCCCACAAAGGACAUCGCGUGAUCGAUGUAUAGUUCGGAAAAGUCUCCAUCGUCCGCUUGUCCUAGCAAGCACCAGAACAUUCAUGGAUGGCCUGGGCAAGGAAGCCGAACCACUUUCGGAUGUCCAGACCCAACUCACCCAAGAACUGGGGCUCAAACGUCGCUGCGAGAAAGUCUUUUUGCCUCCCAAAUACAAUCCCACAGCUGAAGCAUUCAAGGAGUUAUCUGAUGGUAUUCAAGAUGUCAUCUCUGCAUGCGAUCAGUUCUUGGAUAACAAGCGACGGCAAUCUUGGUGGGAAAGGCUACUAAAGCGCUGGUGAGCACGGGUCUUUGGGUUGACACUUGGAUGGCUACGAGUAGAUUUCAACAUACGAUGGGGCUUUUCUCGUUCCGCUCAGAAACUUGAGGCCUCGGAGGGCGGGCAAAUGGUAGAAUCACCACAAGGAGAUCGUCCACAUCGUGCUUCUUUUCCC